CAGGUCCAUUCAGGCAAUUCCAUUACGUUGUAUACACGAGCAACUGUGAGCAUCUGGCGUAGGCAAGUGACCUUUAACGCUGACAACAUCUGCUCCUCGCAGCCUGCAUUUCCAAAUGGAGACACCACCGCAGACACUACCACCAUCACCUCUUGGAAAUCGGCAUUCUCCGGAGCCAAGCAGGCCACAGGCUACGUCGAGGAUAAGAAGGCGUUCACACAGUAUAAGUGGCUGUGGAGGGGCGGUAAUAGCGGAGUGGUGGCGACUUAUGCUGCUGUCCUCUUCGGCAGCAACCGCGGCUGCAGCUGCCACGGCGGCCUUUAUCGGAAGCGGGGGUGCCACCCCAACUUCCGUGGGCGGCGCCGUACCCACAGCGUGGUGGGUAUCCACUCAACAGCAACAACAGCUUAAUCGCCAGUCGCAACUUCACAAUUCGUGGUGUGCCGUCUCCAGUACGUCUCGUCUCGCAACCGCAACGGGAGGAUGGGACUCAUCAGCUGCUCCCCUGAGGGGUCGACGCGGGUGGGACGGCAUGAUGGGGGCACCGGAUAAAGAGGAGGUUUUAUUGCGGGCAGCAUCUCCUGUCAGGGGUAUGUCCGAGAAGCCGCAGGCUCGGUGGCAAGGUGAGGGGCCUGAUGGUAGGGAAGAGGAGGGGCAAGACAGAGCGGGCAACGUGGGCUCGUCGUGGAUGGAGGCAUUGAGGUUGGAGAAAGGCGCCCUACGGCGGAAUCAUCGCUUUGAGGUGACCAUACGAAAACCGCUGGGAAUUUUCAUGUCGGAAGGGGAGGCAGACGUGGGCGCCCCCACCAUUUCGGAGGUACGGCUAGGUAGCAACGCGGAUAAGGCUGGUCUGCGCGUCGGGGACCGAAUAGUGGCAGCCUCUGCCACAGUGGGAAACAAGCUGUGGACCAAAACGACGCUGGUGGGUGUAGAAUCAGCCAUCAACUCGCGUUUCCGCUUUUCCGACGACAUCACCUUCUGCGUGGAAAGGACCCUGGCGCAGGACGCGGGCGACGACAGUAUCGCGAGUCGGCAAGUCGAGGUGUUCGAGGUAGAGUUGGAGAGGCCGGUGCCGUUGGAGUUGAUGCAAGAGAAUGCAGAAGGCGGCGUCUUUGUUCGACGUGUGCUGAAAGCGGACUGCGAGGCCCUGCGGCGCAUCCAGCCGUACGAUCGAGUCGUCGCCGUCUCGGCGUCCCUGGGAGACCGCAUGUGGCGG